AAUAUAAUAUUAUUUUUAAUACUCACAAUUAUAAUUGCAGUAAUAACAUUAAUUGAAAGAAAAGUUCUAUCAAUUAUUCAGCGCAGAGUAGGUCCUAAUUAUAUAGGUUACAAAGGUCGUCUUCAAUUUAUUGCGGACGCUCUAAAAUUAUUAAUGAAGCAAAUAGUUGUUUUAAAUAAAAUUAAUAAGUUUUUAUUUUUAAUAUUCCCCAGUUUAGUACUAAUUGUUUGUUAUCUUUUUUGAAUUAAUUUAAUAUGGGGUCCUAAUUUGAGCUUAUUUGAAAUCGAAUAUAAUAUCCUAUUCAUGGCUGUUCUAUCCACUGCAUUUACUAUGUUACUAUUUUUAGUCGGCUGAGCCAGUAAGAAUAAAUAUUCUAUAUUAGCUUCAAAUAGAAUUAUAAUAAUUAGUUUUAAUUUAGAGAUUUUUUUAAAUUUUAUCUUUGUAUUUCUAAUAAUUUUUUAUGAAUCCUUUUCGUUUUACCAGGCAGUACAAUUACAGGAGUCUUUAAUUAAUGGCUUUUUCUUAACACUACCUAUAAUGCCAAUAAUUAUAAUUACAUUUUUAAUUGAAACGGGCAGAAUUCCAUUUGAUCUGGGUGAGUCUGAAUCUGAACUUAUAGCCGGUCAUACUACUGAACUUGGUGGAUUUUUUUUUGCAUUAUUUUAUUUAGGGGAGUACUUUCAUCUAUAUUGUUUUUCUGUUACUUAUGUAUUGUUAUUCUUUAAUGGGUGA